CGCGCUUCCGGGUGCGGGCCCAGGAUGGCGGCGGGGCCCGGCGCGGCGUGAGGGGGCCGUGAGGAAGCACGGGCGGGCUGGAUGCGAAGGGAGGGAGGCAGGGAGCUAUGAGGCUCCGGCUGUGGCUGCUCCCUGCCCUGCUGCUGCUGCUGCUGGGGGGGCCGGGCGAGCUGCAGGCGCUGGGGCGCCCGCCGCAGAGGCAGCGCUACGACGCGGUUGAAUCCAUGCUCUCAGACUAUGACAUCCUUUCUCAGUCCAGCAUCCAGCAACACUCGCUGAGGAAGAGAGACCUCCAGCCUGAGACACACGUAGAGAGGCUCUUAAGUUUUUCAGCCCUGCAAAGGCACUUUAAAUUAUACUUAACUGCAACUGCUGAACACUUUUCAGAAAAAUUUCAAGCAUUAAUUGUGGAUGGUGAAGGCAAGGAAAAGGAGUACCGUGUUCAAUGGCAAGACUUUUUCACUGGACAUGUCGUUGGGGAGCAUAAUUCCAAGGUUGUGGCACAUAUUGGGGAUGAAGACUUUACAGUAAGGAUCAAUACUGAUGGAGAAGAAUACAAUAUUGAGCCACUGUGGAGAUUUAUAGAUAACGAGCAAGAUGAAAGACUGCUGGUCUACAGAUCUGAAGAUAUUAAAGAUUUCUCACGAUUGCAAUCCCCCAAAGUGUGUGGUUAUUUAAAGCUGGACGAAGAAGAGCUGUUGCCAAAAGGACUGGAAGAUAGCAAGCAAAAUGAAGCAAGCGUCUACCGGAAGAAAAGAGCCAUGCCAGAGAGCUCCAAAAACACGUGCAAGAUGUUGGUAGUGGCAGACCAUCGUUUCUUCAAGUACAUGGGCCGGGGGGAAGAGAGUACCACUAUAAACUAUUUGAUUGAAUUGAUAGACAGAGUAGAUGACAUCUACCGAAAUACAUCCUGGGACAAUGGGGCCUUCAAAGGUUACGGCAUACAGAUAGAGCAGAUCAUCAUCCACAAUGAACCAAAUCACGUGCAACCUGGACAAAAGCAUUACAACAUGGCCAAAAGUUACCCUGAUGAUAAGAAGGAUGCCUGGGAUGUGAAAAUGCUGCUAGAGCAAUUUAGCUUUGAUAUCGCUGAGAAAGCAGCUCACGUGUGCCUUGCUCAUCUUUUCACGUAUCAAGAUUUUGAUAUGGGAACGCUUGGACUGGCUUAUGUUGGCUCUCCCAGACCGAACAGCCACGGUGGCAUUUGUCCUAAAGCUUAUUACAGUCAGAUUGCAAAGAAAGACAUCUAUCUGAACAGUGGCUUAACCAGCACCAAGAACUACGGGAAAACCAUCCUCACGAAGGAGGCUGACCUGGUUACGACGCAUGAACUUGGACAUAACUUUGGAGCAGAGCAUGAUCCUGACAGCCUGCCAGAAUGUGCCCCCACUGAAGACCAGGGAGGGAAAUACGUUAUGUAUCCCAUUGCUGUCAGUGGCGAUCAUGAAAACAAUAAGAUGUUCUCAAGCUGCAGCAAAAAAUCCAUCCAUAGGACCAUAGAGAUCAAGGCCCAGGAGUGCUUCAAGGAGCGCAACAACAAAGUGUGCGGGAACUCCAGGGUGGACGAGGGGGAGGAGUGCGAUCCCGGCCUCCUGCACCAACAGGCUGAUCCCUGCUGCUCUGCAGACUGCAAACUGAAAGACGGCGCCAAAUGCAGCGAUCGGAACAGCCCCUGCUGCAAAGGCUGCCAGUUUGAGAGCGCACAGAAAAAAUGCCAAGAAGCCAUAAAUGCCACUUGUAAAGGAGAGUCUUUCUGCACUGGGAACAGCAGCGAGUGCCCUCCCCCGGGGAAUGCUCCGGAUGACACGGUCUGCGUGGACAUGGGGAAGUGCAAGGAUGGGGAGUGCGUCCCCUUCUGCGAGAGGGAGAAGAACCUCCGAUCGUGUGCAUGCAACGAGACGGAUAACUCCUGCAAGGUGUGCUGCCGCGACGAGCAGGACAGGUGCGUUCCGUACGUUGAUGCCAACGACCAGUUCCUGUUCCUGCGCAAGGGGAAACCCUGUACUGUGGGCUUCUGUGACACAAACGGCAAAUGUGAGAAGCAAGUACAGGAUGUGAUUGAGCGAUUUUGGGAUUUCAUAGACCAACUUAGCAUCAAUACCUUUGGGAAGUUCCUAGCAGACAAUAUAGUGGGCUCCGUGCUCGUCUUCUCCUUACUCUUUUGGAUUCCUCUCAGCAUCCUUGUGCACUGCGUGGACAAGAAAUUGGACAAGCAGUACGAGGAGAACACCAAGUCUCUGUUCUGCCCCAGUAACGUGGAGAUGCUGAGCAGCCUGGACUCUGCCUCUGUCCGCAUCGUGAAGCCCUUCCCGGCGGCGCAGUCGAGCAGCCGGCACCAGCCCCUGCAGCCCAUCGCCGCCGUGCCGCCGGCGGCCACGGCGCCCAAGCAGGACCAUCAAAGGAUGGACACCAUCCAGGAGGACCCCAGCACUGACUCCCACAUCGACGAGGACGGGUUUGAGAAGGACCCUUUCCCAAACAGCAGCUCGGCUGCAAAAUCUUUCGAGGACUUGACAGACCACCCCGUCACGAGGAGCGAGAAGGCGGCGUCCUUCAAACUGCAGCGCCAGAACCGCGUGGACAGCAAAGAGACGGAGUGCUAGCGCCUCGCUGCCUUCCGAGCGGGAUCUAAAACCAUUUCAUUUAUAUAAAUACGGAUAUAUGUAUAUAUAUUUUUGUGAGGGAGCGGGGGAAAUAAGGAAGUGACCUACUGCAGAUGCUGGUCAUGUGUAUGACCUUCCUUAAAUUACAUUUAUUAGAGCAUUAUAUCUUUUAAAAAACGAAAACCCAAACUAAAAGUGGCUUGUUUUUGAAAGCUUUUUUUGGAUUUGUUUUUCUGUUUCCUUGACCUCUAACAUUUCCUUCAACCUGUGGUGCAAACCAGAAUAUCCUCCUGGAUAUCGGAUUGUGUAUAUCAGCCUUUUUUUUAUAAUUUAAUGUUUUGUGGUCUGCUGGCACUGAUAGACGAAAUCAAGGGGCUUUUUAAACACAACAAAACACUGCGGCACGUUCCUUAUAGAACAGAUCAUCGGAGGUACGUGUAAGCAGAGGUCUAAACAUUACAGGUGCCUGGAGAACAAACCGAGAGUAAGAAAACAGUGAUGGUUUAACGACAUCUAACGAAAUGCAUAAUCAGAAUCAAGAAGUUUGCCAUACGGCUUUAAACAAAAAUAAAAGGCUCAUACAGAGGUGGUUAAACCUUACUCAGUGCACGGAAAUGCUCCUCUAGCAUGAAACUCUUCUGUCUCGCUGUGAGGUUGCCUUGUCUUCUGUUUUCAUGGCAGAGAAAUGGUUUUCCCACUCUGCAGCAGGAGCUGUUUGUGCUGCAGGUGGUGGUGAAAAGGAAGAAGGGUAAAUGGAGAAAUCAUUUAUGCAGAUGGGAACUGUUUCAACUAAUUGUUUACAGUCAUUUCAGUGCACGAAUGCUUCUCUGAGCAUUACUUUGAAAUAGGUAACGCUAUCGUCAAGAUGUUCAAAGAGCUGAGCCUCCUUUUUCAGGGCUUAUGUGGCCUUUGGAAGGCCCGACUGCUAAAGAAAUGAAAAACUACCACACUCCAUGGCAGGAGCGCGGUUGUUUAAAAACAGUUGUGACUUUAACAAAGCUUUUUUUUUUUUUGAUUGAACUCCUAGGGCACGUAGUGAGGAGGAGAUGUUAGGGAUUCCAAGUCCCAUGCAGAUAAUACGAUGCAUCGUUAGGAGCAGGUGCCUCGUAGUGGUGCCCUUUAAUUCAGCGUACCUGCACAGAAGGUUGGAGCGCUGCAACGGGGGUUCUGUGGGCUGGGACUGGGAGCUGAGCGCUGGGUUAGCCUGGUAGCAGAUGGACUGACACGGGGAGUCGCAGAGCAGCUAUCACGACAGCAAAGAAGCAUUUAAUUCUGCCUCUGUUUUCUCCCAUGAUAAUGAGUUAAUCAAACUGACGUGACACGUGAACGACAGCAGACCCGUUUUAACUGUUACAAGCCUGUGCUCAGCCACCAAGGAAGCACAGCUGGGGAAAGCCUUUGUGUUUUUAAAUGUGAUGGGAAGUAACCAAAGCUGUGCUGAGAGAGUUGCGUGUCUCUGCCUUCCGCACCCGAGGAUCUUGUUACACUAAUACUUGAAUGUGUGCCUUACGGUAUUCCUACCUGACUAGCUCGUGUUUGGUGUACUGGUUUUGGUUCAGUUGGUUUGCUUUUGUUGGUUUGUUUUUGAUUCUGUGCGAAGUACACGUGUGAGGAGUUAGUUAAUUUAAUUCCCAAUACAAUAAAAGCUUUUUAUAUUAAAAAAAAAAAAAUCAAUUAAA